AUGUCCCUCAAGCUGUGGACAACUCCGCUUUCAUACAAUAGUUUGCGCCCGGAGCUGGUCCUGGCUGAGAAAGGAAUUGAAGAUUUUGAGACAGUGCCUGCGGAUAUCAUUACGGGUAACCACAAGACCCCGGAGUUCUGGGAAAAGUCCCUGUUUGGCAGAGUCCCUCUGAUGGAGGAUGGAGAUUUCAUUCUUUUUGAAUCUCGAGCGAUCGCACGAUACUUGGCUAUGAAAUACUUAAACACGGGUCCGAAGUUAAUGCCCGCUGUCAAUGAUCCCAAGAUAAAUGGAACCUUCGGCAUGUGGAUGAUUCUGGAAGUCGAGGAAUUCAAUGUUCACGCGGUCCCAAUCAUUGCUGAAAGCCUCGUCGCACCGUAA